GAUCCUAAUAUAACCAGUCUUGGCUUAGGUGGGUGGAGUCCAAAAGGCUUAGUAGAAAAUGGAUUGGAGUUUUUGCAUUGCACAUUAGAUAUUCCUUGGUGGUCAGCCAUUGUUAUUGGUACCGUAUGUUUGAGGUUAGCAAUUUUCCCUCUUGUUAUUUUAGCCCAACGAAAUGCUGCAAAUUUGAACAACAAUAUGCCGACUGUGCAACGACUCCAGCAGAGAAUGACCCAGGCAAGAAUGUCUGGUAAUGUUCAGCAAGCCAUGGAAUCAAGUAAACAACUGAUGGAGUUUAUGAAAGUAAAUAAUGUAAACCCGUUGAAAAAUCUAUUGGUCCCAUUAGCCCAAAUUCCUAUCUUUUUAUCAGUCUUCACGGCAAUAAGAGAGAUGACAAACCUUCCAGUUGCUAGUUGGAAGUCAGGAGGAAUACUUUGGUUUACUGAUUUGACCGUCCCAGAUCCUUUUUAUAUUUUGCCUGUUGUUACUGCUGCCACACUUUUUGCAACAAUUGAGCUUGGAGUUGAUGGGAUUAAGGCUGACCAGGUUGGAAGUUCUACAAUAAAAUUUGUCCUCAGGUCUAUGCCCUUUAUCACGUUUCCAAUCAUGAUUCAAUUUCCUUCCGCAAUGUUGUGCUACUGGUUCACUUCAAACACAUUCUCACUUCUACAAGUUUUAAUACUGAAGAUACCAAAAGUUAAAUCGCUUUGUAAGAUUCCUCCUCUUAUUGAUCACACUACAGCGUAUCCACUGAAAGAAAUAAAUGUACCUAAACAAACGUUUGCAGAGGGAUUUAAACAAAGUAUGAAAAAUAUGGAGAUCACAUAUAAAUUAGCUGAACAGCAAAAGUUGAAUGAAAUUAAAAUG